AGAGACAAAUUAGCACUUUAGCCUUAUCUUUGUAUUGAAGGUGAAACCAUAUUAACUUGCUAUCAUGGCUUUAAACAGGCGACAUUCAUAUACCCCCCGGCUGACCAGCGCACUGAUCAGCAAAAUGAGCAGCACAGGAACUGUGGAGAGUAGUAGGCCUCCAAAGAUUGGCUCUACAGUGGAGGUGACAGGGAAGGGUCAGCGUGGUACCGUUGCUUAUAUCGGAGCCACCCUCUUUGCCUCUGGGAAAUGGGUGGGUGUCAUACUGGAUGAGGCCAAAGGAAAGAAUGAUGGCACUGUGCAGGGGAAACGCUACUUCACCUGUGAGGAAAACCACGGGAUAUUUGUCAGACAGUCCCAGCUCCAGGUGGUGGAUGACGGCUCUGGGGCCACCUCACCAGAGACUCCUGAAUCAGGCAUUGCAAGGACACUGAGACAGAAAGACACUCCAGAGACUCCCAGAUCCAAGCAGACACCCGUGAACAUUAAGAAGUCCUCUACCCGACGCUCUGCCAAGUGGAGCACUCCAGGCCGUCUAACCCCCGCCACCUCCCUCCCCUCCCUCUUGAUCCGUCCCUCCAUCCGCUCCAACCUGCCGCUCAGGGUACGCCCUGUCAUAUCAGGGCGUCUCGUGAGAGCCUGUCCACCUCUCUGUCUGGAGAUGUCAGUGAAGCGGCCCACCCCUCCCAUCCGGCCGCCCUGGGGGCUCCUGUCAUGCCUCAACCCAGCGGGUCAACUGCAGCAUCAGCAGCUGCGGGUCCAGCUACUCCAAGCAAGAGAAUGUUGUCAUUCUCUGACCAGGUGGAACCUGUCAUUUCCAAGCAGGAGGAGGAAUCAAUGCGUGCUCAGGUCAAGGACCUGGAGGAGAAGCUAGAAACCCUGAAGAUGAAGCGGACUGAGGACAAAGCCAAGCUGAAGGAGCUCGAGAAACACAAGAUCCAGCUGGAGCAGCUUCAGGAGUGGAAGA